AUGGUGGAAAUAUUCCUCAGAAGUAUCCAAACCACCAACAUAAUCUUCUCUUCCUUGGCCUUAAUCAUCCUGGUGAUAGGAAACAUCUCAAAUAAAUGGAUUGAACUGAAGUUGGAAGCAAAAAAAGGUGCAAUAAACCACAGUCCCUGGAUGCUAUGUUGCUUAACGAUUUGGCCAGAAGAUGACCUUGAAGUGGUCAGGAUCAUGAUGAUUUUGACCCUCAGUCUUUCCUUCCUCCUUAACUUGCUCCUGGGUAUGGAAUUCAUCUAUAUGAUUCCUCAAGCCAAAUAUAUCCAUUUCAUCACUGCUUCCCUCAGUUUCAUGACAGGUAUUAUGCUGCUCUCUGCACUCAUACUGUAUCACCACAAGCUAAAGCAAGGCCAAUCCAUGUACUACUCAAGUUACAAGAUCGCCUGGAUCCUUUACGCUGCCUAUGCGAAUGUCCCCUUCUUUUUCAUGUGUGGAAUCCUUUCUAUCCUAAACAAUUUGCGGUUCAUCAAGCACUUCACCUGCCUGCACACCAUGACGAAAUCUCUUAGCGAAUGUAAGGAAGUGCCAGAAUCUGGGAAUACCAUCAAAGUUAUUUCAUCAGUAGAUCCCGCGAUGAUGCCUCGUAGCAUUGUCCGUCUGCCCUCCAUGAAGGAUGAGGCUCUAGAGAAGUCAACGUCAAACCAAGUACGACGGGUAACCUGGGCUCUAUGA